AUGUCUGACGACGAGCAGCACAACCACCAGUUCGAGCAGGCGUCCGCCGGUGCCUCGCUCACCUUUCCCAUGCAAUGUUCUGCUCUCCGCAAGAACGGACAUGUCGUCAUCAAGGGUCGUCCGUGCAAAAUUGUCGACAUGUCCACCUCUAAGACUGGCAAGCACGGACAUGCCAAAGUCCACCUUGUCGGCAUUGAUAUCUUUACCCAAAAGAAGCUGGAGGAUAUUUCUCCCUCCACUCACAACAUGGAUGUUCCGAACGUCAAACGUGAGGAAUACCAGCUCGUCAACAUUGAUGACGAUUUCCUCAACUUGAUGACUUCGGACGGUACCCCCAAGGACGACGUUAAAGUCCCUGAGGGUGAUAUUGGCAAGGAGAUCCAGGAGAACUUCGACGCUGGAAAGGAUCUUCUUGUCACGAUCGUUUCUGCUAUGGGUGAAGAGCAGGCUAUCUCCUGGAAGGAGGCCCCGAAGGGAGCGUAA